AUGCCAGUUAUCAGCAUUUCUCUCCUCACGAGCUGUCACGCUGACAGCUCGAGAGGAGAGCAGAGCCGGGCACUGAUGAUCAGUGUAGCCCAUCAGUGCCACCUGUCAGUGUCCAUCAGUGCCAGCUGUCAGUACUCAUCCAUGCAACCUGCCAGUGCCAAUCAGUGCCACUUCAAUGCCACAUAUCAGUGCCUACCAGUGCACAUCAAUGCCACAUAUCAUUGCCCAUCUGAGCUGCCUUUAAGUGUCACCCAUCAGUGCCAGACAGUGCCACCUAUAAAUGCCAUUCAGUGCUGCCUAUCAGUGCCAUUCAGUGCCGCCUAUCAG